AUGUCAUUUCAAAGGAUCAACAAAAAAACAAAUGUUGGAACGAAAAAGAAGAGAACCAAGAAGCAACCAGCUUGGGAUGAUACAGUUUCAGAUCUCACAGUGCACAAAAUGAGCCCAGAUGAACAGAUAAGGAGGAAGCAGGUUCAUAUGUCAAGUAACCUUGAGGCAGUUAGAAGUGAAAAGGUGGCCAAGACAUUGAGAAAAGCUCGAACCAAUAGUUUAGAUGAUUCAAAAAGUGCCUUCCUGCGGGAGGUCCUCUACGACCAAGCGCAGCUAAGUGAUGUCAUCGCCCACAGUGAUCGUGUCAUGUCCGUAGUGAAAGACCUGUUUGCAGACGAUCCACGUCGACGUGAGGCCAUUCCAAACGUGACCCUUGCUCCUCAGAUCUCUAACACACAAGAAAGAUUGCAGGGACCAGUAUUUGUGCGGCCACACACAGACAGUCAGCUCACCACUCUCAGCGAGUCUGUAAUGGAUGCCUAUGCUCUGAACGAAGUCACCAGUUCUAGCCAAGAUUCUACAUUAGAACAUCUGUCUUCAGAUGAAGAGAAGGAGAAUAUUCCAAAAGACUUUCCUGGAAAGGUUGUUGACAUGGACAGGUUUCAGAGGUUCAUAAAAUCACAACAGAAAAAUGAUUCACAACCUGAUGUGCAGAUACUUCCUGAAAGAGGUCCAAGGAGCAAGAUCAUAUCUGAUAUUGGAAACAUAAGGAAAAAAAGUGGUGACAUAAAGACACCAGAACCAGGAGAUGUGUCAGUAGAUUUAACAGGUGAAACAUUGGCAAUCAAUGAUACUACAAAAGUGAAAAAGAAGAGUCAAAGUAGAAUAGAUCAGGAGCUGGCCAAUCAGAAGGCAGCGCAGAAUGAUGCGAAUGAUUUAACUAAG